AUGGCUUUAUUCAUAUUGGAUUGUGAUGUGCAGCUUUACAAGACGCAGACAGAUUUCUUCCGAAAUGCAGAGUUCGAGUACAAAGGAGACGCGAAUUUGUUGAAGAAGCUGGAUCGUAAUGCAAAGGCAAAUAAUAGUAUAAUAGAGUUUGUAACGUCACCUAAUAAUCCGGACGGGAAUUUGAGGGUGGCUGUGUUGCAAGGAGCAUCAGUUAGAGCUGUUUACGACCAUGCUUAUUACUGGCCACAUUUUACGGCAGUUCCAGCCCCUGCAGAUGAAGAUAUUAUGAUCUUCACUAUUUCUAAACUCACUGGACAUGCUGGAACCAGAUUCGGAUGGGCUUUUAUAAAAGAUGAAAACGUGUACCAAAACAUGCAAGCAUACAUAAGAGCAGCUGAACUGGGAAUCUCAAGGAAGGCUCAACUGAGGGCUCUAAAGCGUAUGAAAACAAUUCUACAAGGGAACGGGACUGAGAUUUUCAAUUACGCGUACCACAAAAUGAGUGAUCGAUGGGGAAAACUUAGCCGGAUUUUCUCGUUUUCAAAACGCUUUUCCCUCCAAGAGAUCCCACCACGCUUCUGCAACUUUUUUCGGAAAGUCCGGGGACCAUCUCCAGCUUAUGCAUGGUUAAAAUGCGAAAGAGAAGGAGACACAAACUGCAAAUCAGUUCUCCGGGCAGCGAACAUCAUAGGUCGUGAAGGAAGCUUGUUCAACGUAGAAAAUCGUUAUGUUCGCCUUAGCCUUCUCAAAAGUGAAGACGACUUUAACUUACUGCUAAGUCGCCUCAACAAGUUAGUCGCUGAAGAAGACGGCGUAAAAACUAUGUAA